AAAAUCAUUCAGGUCAGUGUCUAGGUUUGCACAGUCGAUAGUGCUGGGAAACCUCCCAAAGCUGCCGAGCUCCGGCUACGCAGACCGUGACGUCAGGCGCAGACUCCCAACUGCAACGCAAACUUUUUAGGAGGCGAACGCAGCCAGAGAUAUCCUUGCUGUUCUCUCGCUUGCACUUUGUAUACCUGCUCGAUAGGCGCAGGUAUCUGCGUGACCCGUCUGCUGAGGGCCCGCAGACAGUUGGAAAGAACAGACUUUGUCGCAAAUUUCCGCAGGUCUGCAAGUGAAAAGAACGCACGCAUCGCCAUGACAACCGCGCCAGAUUGUGGGUUUGCCGGGAACGAGAAUAAUUUUUUUUGUUAAACUUUACAAAUAAAAUAUAGUUAAAGUUAGCGCAGAGUGGAAGAAAAUGAUGCAACGUGAAGCAAACGUGAAAUUGAAGGAGGUAAUCUUCUCCCUUUGUAAACUAGUAGCCGGACUGGGAGUCGAAGCGGUGCCCAGUCCAGAAACCUUUAGGCGGGGCAAAUUCAACAGGAGAGACGGGACCGCUGAUUUGUGGAAGUUGUUGUACAGUCUUCUAAAACCACUACAUCCAGACUGUCCCUGUGUUUCAAACAAAGCUGAUCUUGCAUUGCAGGUUGAUUUUGUGAAGUCGGUGCUUUUGCACUAUGGCUAUGGAGUCCAGGAGCUGUAUCAGCUCCCAGCUGAUGGAUCGGAGGGGAGUCGAGAGCUCCUGCUAGCCCUGUCCUGGCUCUUUCACAAGAUUAACCUUCUGGAACAGCUGCUGUAUAAAACUCGACUCAGCCUUGGGGAUGAGACAACACUCAGUUUGGGAGGCACUCCUCUGGUCGAGGACAGUCCCGGGCUCUCGGCAGUGCGGGAAGGAGGUGGGGGUGGUGCCAGGUACCUGGAGUGGCUGCAGGGACAGCUGCGUUUCCACUGGAGGGCGCUCCACGCAGCUCAGGAAGAGAAGGCUGCACUGCUCUAUAAGAUUCAUACCUACACCAAAGGAUGUCACAGCGACCCCUCAAUCAGCCAUCUUUCUGUAGCAGAAACCCGUUUGAUCAAAGGCCCUCGGCAGCAGAGCAGGAUGCUGAUGCUACUGGAGUCUGAAAUCACGCUACUGGAGAGCUAUCUGGAAUGGAAGCGGCUGGAGCCAUUGUACUGGCGUUGGAUGGAAAGUGUAUUAGAUGCCAAACUUGCUGAUGAUUCUCAGGAAGUUCUCAAUGCAGAUACUGUUGCCAUGGCAUCAGGAGUCAAGAGGAAAGACAAAGACAGUUGCCAAAGAAACCAAUCUAUGAAGAGAGAAGUGGACCAGCUCAGCAAGGAGUUGUUAGAGUUAAAGUGGGGGCUACAGCGAGAGGCAUCUACCAAGAGAGCCUCCUGGUGCAAACGGGUAGAACACAAAGAGCAGGAUAUACCCUUGAACCCUGAGGAGUUUGGUGCCAUUGCCCUGAAACUGCACGACAGAGUGGGGCAGAAACUGUCUGCUCUGAGGUGCAACAACGUCAAGCCAGCAACCAACACCACUUACAGACUGCUUCUCCAAGAAACAACAAAACAGAAGACACUUCCUGUGCAUUCAGGAGAGACUGAGGCGUCACAGAUUGUUCCACUAUCAAUGUGUACUUCAUCCCCUGUUGCUCAGAAGCAUCCCCAGGCUUGGAGCCGAGCAGCAUGCAUUGUUGAAAUAAGCCUACCUUACUGCUAGAUUCAUGAAAAUACCUGACGAGUUGGUUUUAUGUUCUCACCAAUUGAUUAUUUUCCCUCUACCUAUGCAUUAUUUCACAUUUUUGACGCAAAAACUAUUAAAAAAAAUAUAUAUAUAUAUGGGAUUCUCUUCUACGCUGGAAUAGAAAAUACACUUUUAGGAAAAAACAUAAAAGGACGGUACAAAAAACCUACAACUGUUUGUUCAUCCAAAGCGAAUGUCCCCACAGAUCCCUGGAUCCUCCAGCGCUAGUGCACACAGUUCAAUAGUUAUCAUUAAUGUUAUUUAGCAUAACUUACUGGGAGUAUCUGCCUUUAUGUGAAGCUUAUUUUUUUUAAAUGUAUUUUGAGAAUAUUACUCUAAAUUGAAAAAUACUUUAUGAUGAACAGAACAUCUUAUUUGCUUACUUAAUGUAGGCUUAAAUGCCAAAUAUCCAUUUGAAGUUAAAUUAUUUAUUGCCAUUUCUUUUUCUAUACUAUUCUGCAGCUUCUGUUGACAUAUGUCAUGGCAUCCCCUGUGUCGUCAUACUGAUCAAUCAGUCAAUCUUUAUUUUAUAUAGCACCUCUCAUAGUGGACCAUUAUCAGAAAGAUACAGUAACAACAAGAAAAUCCAUAAUACAGUGGAAAGUGCACAAUACACGAUAGUAGCAUAAUACAUGAAA